AUGGCUACCAUCAUUUCACCAACUUGCUUCAUCUUUAUUCCUAUGAUGAUAAUUUUAUCAUCAUUAUGUCCCAUAACAACAUUAUGUGCAACAGUCCUAGAAGACCUUAAAAACUUACACAAACCACAAGAUUUCAACACUACAAUUUUCAACAACUGUCUCAAAAACCCAUCUCUCAGAUACUGCAAUUCAUCUCCUAUGAUAGACCUUGAUGAAAUAUUCAAAUACACUAUUGUUGCUAGCCAUCUUUGCAAUGAAUCCAACAAUCCCAAUUGUGUUGAAUCCUUCCCGAAAAUCGAUCUUCGAAACCGACCAAACAUUGCAUCUCUUUACUUGUCUUUCACUUUCUUUUGGAAAUAUUGUCCAUUGACUAUUCUGUCUAUUGAUUUCUCUAACAAUUCUGUGAAGGGUAGUUUUCCAAAUGAUGUUCUUUAUUGCACUCAAAUUCAGUCUCUUGAUUUAAGUCUCAAUGAAUUUUCUGGUGAAAUUCCUAUUGAAAGUUUCUCUCCAUUAACUAAUCUCACUUUUCUUAACCUCUCUUAUAACUGUUUUUCUGAGAGUGAAGUUCCUGAUUCACAAUUCUUCAAAAAGUUUAAUUCUUCUAGUUUUCUUCAUUCUGGUGCUCUCAUUGAUCAUAAAAAGUUCACUAUAAAAGCUAUCAUUUUAUUGGUUGGUUUUCCUAUUCUUGUUAUUUUGAUGGUAAUUUUCUUGGCAUGGAUUUGUUUUCAAAGGCCUGAUUUUCUUCCAAGAAUAUUUCAUAGUAGGUCUAAAUUUACGCCGGCGAUUCUAAAGGCGGCAACUUACAGUUUUUCGAAGGAAAAUUUGGUUGGUAAGAGUGAUAUUGUUCACAUCUAUAAAGGGGUGUUAAGAGAUGGAACUGAAGUGAAAAUUGAGAUGUAUUGGGAUGAUAUAUCAAGGGAUAGUUAUCAUAAAUUUGUUGAGGAAUGUCAGAUAUUGUCUGAGUUAGACCACAAGAAUCUUGUUAAGUUUUUAGGGUGGUGUAAAGGUAGAAAAUUUAGGGCUAUUAUAACAGAAUGGACAAAAGAUGAAAAUGUUGAAAUGUGGCUAUUAAGGGAAGCACCAUCAUGGAAUCAUAGAGUGAAAGUUUUGAUGGGAGUUGUUGAAUGUAUGUUAUAUUUGCAUGAUGAAUGGCCUGAAGUUGAUUAUGAUCUUAAGACAAGUAGUGUUUUGUUAUCUGAUAAUCAUGAACCAUUGAUUUCUAGGUUUCAAGUUGGAGACAGAAACAACAGUAGAAAAAAGAUAUGCAAGUUUGGAGUAUUUUUGCUAGAGAUGAUACUAAACAAGAGUAUUAAAGAGGAGUUUGAUGGAAAUGAUGCUGGAUUUCUUAGCUACAUGAGAACCCUUCAUCAUGCAGAAUUACAACAUAUGAUUGAUGAGAGAAUGGAUUUAAAUGAAACAACUUUGCAUCAAGUUAAACAAGCUUUAUCCCUUGGAUUAAUGUGCAUAGACCAAUCAAACAAUGAGCAUCCAAGCUUGGCACAAAUAUUCAAUAUUGUAUCAAAGGCAUAUAAGGCUAACCUUGUUAAGGGACACAAACGAGUUCAGUUCAGAUAAGUUACAAUAUUAUAGGAUUUUAUUUUUUUAGAUUACAUAUUUAUCAUAUAUUAUAUAUAAGAUAUAUAAUUACACA